UUUAUUAAAUGUUAUUUAACUCCAAAGCAAAGCCCUUUCUUUUUCAACAAAAAAUACUUAAAACAAUUUCAAAGUUGUACUGCCGCUGAGUCAAAACAACAGGUUCCUGGUUACCACUACAUAACGAAUGUUUUAAACUUUAUUGAAAGACACUACAGAAUUGGUGAACUAUAUAUGGAAUAUAUAAGGGAUGGAUGUCGGGAAAAUGGAGAGGUAUGCAAGAAAUGUAGUGAAAAGGACUGGGUUGGACCCAGGUUCUCCAGAGUUCCUGCCCCGUAUCCAGAUCCUGAUAAGCCAGGGCAUUAUACGAGUGUUUUCAACACACCAACCACAGACAAUAACGGGCAGUUAAGGGAAGUGGAUGAUGUCGCUCCCAGGGCAGUGAUAAAGCGUCCAUAUAAAGCUGGCACGAUCUCACCGGACAAUGUCGAACAACUUAAAGAAGUAUCCAUUCGCUAUUGUGUUGAAGAGAAGGAUGUCGCAUCAUAUGUUAAACACCUUGAAGAGUUGAAAAUGAUGUCUGCUAUCAGGGAAAACGAAAGAAGAAAAAAACGAGAAAAAGAGUGCAGCAAAACCUAUGAGGACUACGAUUGGAAUACCCUCAUUGAUUCAGGAAAACUAAAUUCAUUAAAAGUGAUGGAACUUGACAAGUACCUUAAGAGACAUGACCUGUCCACUAUCGGAAAAAGAGAGGAUAAAAUCAAACGAAUUAAAGCAGAUUUCUACAUAAAUAGGACCAACGACGCAGCCAUUGAUGCAGAAACUUCAGAUGAUGAUACUUUGUCAGGAGAUGGUGAAUCCGAUUCUGACGAUGAUUAA